AUGGCGGAAAAUUUAAAAGGCUGUGCUGUGUGCUGCAAGUCCUCAUGGUCCCAGCUGCAGGACCUGUGCCGGCUGGAGAGGGUUCGCUGCCCCUCGCUAGGCAUCACCCGCAGGAACCUCAGCCACUUCGAGGUGGAGUUCCUGUGCGACUACAAGAGAGUGCGGGAGGAGGAGUUCUACCUGGUGAAGUGGCGCGGCUACCCGGAGUCGGAGAACACCUGGGAGCCGCGGAAGAACCUGCGCUGCGUGGGCCUGCUGAAGCAGUUCCACAAGGACCUGGAGCAGGCCUGGAUCCGGCGGGACGGCAAGCCCAAGAAAAACGCCCGCUGGCUGGACCAGGGUGUGGCGAACUACGUGGUGCAGAAAGCCAAGCAGCGGCGGGCCCUGUGGCGCUGGGAGCGCCAGCUGAACGCCAAGCGCAACCACAAGGGGCGCAUCGUGGUGGAGAACGAGGUGGAUCUCGACGGGCCGCCCCGGGACUUCGUCUACAUCAACGAGUACAAGGUGGGCGAGGGCAUCUCCCUCACCCAGGUGGCGGUGGGCUGCGAGUGCCGCGACUGCCUGGCGGAGGCGGCCGGCGGCUGCUGCUGCCCCGGCGCCUCCCGUCACAAGUUCGCCUACAACGAGCUGGGCCAGGUGCGCAUCCGGGCGGGGCUGCCCAUCUACGAGUGCAACGCCCGCUGCUGCUGCGGGGCCGAGUGCUCCAACCGUGUGGUGCAGCGGGGCAUCCGCUACGAUCUGUGCAUCUUCCGGACCGCCAACGGGCGCGGCUGGGGCGUGCGCACCCUGGAGAAGAUCCGCAAGAACAGCUUCGUCAUGGAGUAUGUGGGAGAGAUCAUCACAUCAGAAGAGGCGGAGCGACGAGGGCAGAUCUACGACCGCCAGGGUGCUACCUACCUCUUUGAUCUGGACUACGUGGAGGAUGUUUACACAGUGGACGCUGCCUACUACGGCAACAUCUCACACUUCGUAAAUCACAGCUGCGACCCCAACCUGCAGGUGUACAACGUGUUCAUAGACAACCUGGAUGAGCGGCUGCCGCGCAUCGCCCUCUUCGCCACGCGGCACAUCCGGGCCGGGGAGGAGCUCACUUUCGACUACAACAUGCAGGUGGACCCGGUGGAUGCAGAGAGCACACGGAUGGACUCCAACCUGGGCCGGGCCGGUGGCCUGGCCGGCUCCCCCAAGAAGCGGGUGCGGAUCGAGUGUAAGUGCGGGGCCGAGUCCUGCCGAAAGUACCUCUUCUAGCCCCUGCGUGCCCUGCCGGGGGUCUGGGACCCACGGCCGCCACCGUGCAGGGCUCUGGGGGGCCCAUGCCCACCCUUCCCCCAUUGGACUUACCUCACCUGC